GUCGGUCCGGUUGUUCGGCCCCGUGGCAACGGCAGCAUCGGCCGGGAACGGCUGCGUCCGCCUGUAGUGUGUGCGUUUAUUGGAAAAUAGUGCCGGAAACGGAGCCAGCUUCCUGCCAGCACCGGAACGGGGGGCCCUGAUGGGCCAGAGCACUAGCAUGUGUCGUUUCAAUGGUUGUCGUUACAAGCGAAACAAGCAAGGACUGCACUUGCGCAGCAUAGAGGAGCCCCAGAGCAGAAUGCCCACCGAGCAGGGGGGCACAGUGGGGCUCGAUGCUACGUUGGGCUCUCGUGCUGGUGUCCCCCUGCCGCUACAGCUACCGCCACACAGCAACCUCCACCACCAUCACCCGCACCACAACCUCCACCACAGCCAUCAUGCUAAUAGCAGCAGCAGUAGUAGCAGUCAUCAUGCCCACAACACCUCCAACCAUCACCAUCACCACCAUCAUCAUCACCAUCAGCAGCAGCAGCAACAGCAGACAGGCAUGCAGGGCAGUGCUAUGGGAAGUAGUAGCGCCGGAGGAGGCGCAUCGGGAGCGGCUUCACAGCAAGGUGGAAGCGGUAGCGGUGGCUAUGAUGCCGAGUUUGCCCGCAUGGAGUCGUGGCUGGACGAGAAUCCCGAAUUCGUGCAGGAUUACUUCAUUCGUAAGGCAACCCGUAACAUGGUGGACGGUUGGCUCGUCUCACACGCAACACCGGUAACCACGGCGGCCAACAGUGUGGAUUCUCCGACACAUGGCCCCAAUCAACCGAGCUCGUCACGCGGCGGUUCUGGCGCGACAACACCCGUCAGAAAAAUAUCCGCACACGAGUUUGAACGGGGUGGACUACUAAAACCUAUCGUGAACACCAUCGACGGCACACCGACGUUCCUGAGCAUAAGUCCACAAAAUGAAUCCUCAGCUUCGGGCAGUACACAGUGCUGUCCGAAUGGUGUCGCGUACUGUGGCGCUAACCUCCGACCCCUACGGUUAUCCCGCAACGAGCUCAAACAACUCGAUGAACGAGAGCUCGUAUUCGAACUGGUGAAGGACAUUUGCAACGAUCUCGACGUACGCUCGCUGUGUCACAAAAUCCUGCAAAAUGUGUCAAUUCUGCUGAAUGCCGAUCGUGGCUCACUGUUCCUGGUGCAGGGCAAGAGUACCUGCGGUGGCGACAAUACCAAAAAAUGCUUAGUAUCGAAACUGUUCGAUGUGUGCUCUAACAGCACACUCGAGGAGAUGGAACAGCAGGACGAGGUAAAGGUGGCCUGGGGCACCGGGAUCGCUGGACACGUUGCGGAAAGUGGUGAACCUGUAAAUAUACCGGAUGCUUACCAGGAUGAACGCUUCAACCGGGAAAUCGAUGUACAAACUGGCUACCGUACAAAGGCGCUACUCUGCAUGCCAAUCAAGGAUGCGUCCGGGGACGUGGUUGGAGUCGCGCAAGUGAUAAACAAACAGGGUGAUCAGUGCUUUAGCACCGCGGAUGAGAAGAUAUUCUCGUCCUACCUGCAGUUCUGUGGUAUCGGGCUUCGGAAUGCGCAGCUGUACGAAAAGUCACAGUUGGAGGUGAAACGUAACCAGGUGCUGCUCGAUCUCGCGCGAAUGAUCUUCGAGGAGCAAAGCACCAUCGAGCAUAUGGUCUUUCGCAUUUUGACCCACAUGCAGAGCUUAAUACAAUGCCAAAGAGUGCAGAUCCUACUGGUGCACGAAGCGUCCAAGGGUAGCUUUUCGCGAGUGUUCGACUUCGAAGCCAACGAUCUCAGCGGUGAUGACGGUGAUGCUCGCACGAGCCCGUUCGAGUCCCGCUUUCCGAUCAACGUCGGAAUUACUGGCUACGUGGCAACAACUGGCGAGACUGUAAAUAUCUGCAACGCGUACGAGGACGAUCGGUUCGAUCCGAGUGUCGAUGAGGGGCUCAACUUCCGCCACAAAACCAUCCUCUGUAUGGCGAUCAAGAAUUCAUUAAGUCAAAUUAUAGGUGUAAUACAGCUGAUCAAUAAGUUCGAUGAUCUUACUUUUACCAAAAAUGAUGAGAACUUUGUCGAGGCGUUCGCAAUCUUCUGCGGCAUGGGCAUCCACAAUACGCACAUGUACGAGAAGGCAAUCAUCGCAAUGGCAAAGCAGAGUGUGACACUGGAAGUGCUAAGCUAUCAUGCCUCCGCAACUAUCGAUGAUGCGUACCGGUUACGGCAACUAAAAGUGCCAUCGUCAGCUUUUUUCAAGCUGCACGACUUCAAGUUCGACGAUCUGACCCUGGACGACGAUCACACGCUGAAAGCGUGCAUCCGAAUGUUUCUCGAUCUGGAUCUGGUCGAGCGGUUUCACAUAGAGUACGAGGUGCUGUGCCGGUGGUUGCUGAGCGUGAAAAAGAACUAUCGCAACGUGACGUACCACAACUGGCGGCACGCAUUUAACGUGACACAGAUGAUGUUUGCAAUCCUCACGUCAACCCAGUGGUGGAAAAUCUUCGGUGAAAUAGAGUGCCUUGCGCUGAUCAUAGCGUGCCUGUGCCACGAUCUGGAUCACCGUGGGACCAACAAUUCGUUCCAGAUCAAGGCAUCAUCACCGCUGGCCCAGCUCUACUCGACUUCCACCAUGGAGCACCACCACUUCGACCAGUGUCUGAUGAUCAUUAACAGUCCAGGCAACCAAAUACUGUCGAACAUGUCAUCGGAAGACUACAGUCGUGUGAUACGCGUGCUGGAAGAUGCCAUCCUCUCCACGGACCUAGCCGUUUACUUCAGAAAACGUGGAGCAUUUUUGAAUUUAGUCGAACCGACCAGUGAAAUGAGUUCCUGGCAGGCGGAAGAACCACGCUCACUGCUACGUGCGAUGAGCAUGACCGUCUGCGAUCUGUCCGCCAUCACGAAACCGUGGGAGAUCGAGAAGCGUGUCGCCGAUCUGGUCAGCUCGGAGUUCUUCGAGCAGGGUGAUAUGGAGCGGCAAGAGUUAAACAUCACACCAAUUGAUAUAAUGAAUCGAGAAAAGGAGGAUCAAUUGCCACUGAUGCAAGUUGGUUUCAUUGAUUCUAUCUGUAUUCCCAUUUACGAGGCUUUUGCAACCUUAUCGGACAAGCUGUCCCCGUUGAUCGACGGUGUUCUCGAGAACAAGAAGCACUGGAUCGAAAUGGCACAAAGUGCGAAGGAUGCGUACGCAAACAAUAAUAAUACGAGUGAAAACAAUAAUAACAACAACAACAACAACAACAGCAAGAGCCAUUGUACGGAAGACCACACGGAAGAGCACAGCCCACCCCAGCUCGGAUCGCCAGCAAUAUAGGUAGCCACGAGCCCGCCACUAACAGUUGUAGCAUACAGGAGAAGAUCGUUGGCCGAUUGGGUGUCGAUCUGGCUUCAUCGCCACCGUACGCCGACAAACCAUCGUUCCUGGUGGUCGGCCAGAAGGGAAACGGAUGGG